GCAUCGCUCCUCUCACGGCAUCGUUCCUCCAUCUCAGUUUAAGGUCAACCGCCAUUAUCAGUCCUACAUUGGCUGAGUUCACGAGUAUAAGAAGCUUGGAGCGUCCCUGACCAGCAAGUCUCAUCCUCCUAUCCACAAGUAACUUAACAAAGCUUGCUUGUUGUUUUACAUUUCUUUCAAGAUGGGUAAAGUUCUUAUGGUUAUGUAUGACGGUGGGGAGCAUGCGAAGCAGCAGCCUGGUUUAUUGGGAACAACAGAAAAUGAGCUUGGAUUAAGAAAAUGGCUUGAGGAGAGAGGCCACACCUUGGUAACCACAUCUGACAAGGAGGGAUCGAACUCUACCUUUGAGCGCGAGCUUGUUGAUGCGGAGAUCAUCAUCACUACACCGUUCCAUCCCGGUUAUCUCACCGCAGAGCGUCUGGCCAAGGCCAAGAACCUCAAACUUGCCAUCACAGCGGGUGUUGGUUCCGACCAUGUUGACCUGAAUGCCGCCAAUAAGACCAACGGAGGUGUCACUGUCGCUGAAGUCACUGGCUGCAAUGUCGUGUCUGUUGCCGAACAUGUCGUUAUGACCAUCUUAGUCCUCGUCCGCAAUUUCGUCCCGGCCCAUCAACAAGUUGCCAGCGGUGAAUGGGACGUUGCUGCCGUUGCUAAAAACGAGUAUGACCUUGAGGGUAAGGUCGUCGGAACUGUAGCUGUUGGCCGCAUUGGCGAGCGUGUGCUUCGCCGUCUUAAGCCCUUCGACUGCAAGGAGCUUCUUUAUUAUGACUACCAGCCCCUCAGCCCUGAGGUCGAGAAGGAAAUUGGAUGCCGUCGUGUUGAGAACUUGGAGGAGAUGUUGGCACAGUGUGAUGUUGUCACUAUCAACUGCCCUCUCCACGAGAAGACACGUGGCUUGUUCAACAAGGAACUCAUUUCUAAGAUGAAGAAAGGCUCAUGGCUUGUAAACACCGCCCGUGGGGCUAUCGUCGUCAAGGAGGAUGUCGCAGAAGCUAUAAAAUCAGGCCAUCUCCGUGGAUAUGGCGGUGACGUCUGGUUCCCACAACCUGCUCCCAAAGACCACCCACUACGCUAUGUCCAGGGCCCAUGGGGCGGCGGCAAUGCCAUGGUCCCUCACAUGUCUGGAACUUCCAUUGAUGCACAAAUCCGCUAUGCACAGGGCACGAAGGACAUCCUUGAAUCGUACUUCUCCGGCAAGUUCGAUUACAAACAAGAAGAUUUGAUUGUUCAUCAGGGCGACUAUGUCACAAAGGCCUACGGACAGAGAAAGAAAAUCCAGGAGGAGCAACGGAACUAGGAGAAUGCAGGAGCUUAGGACUUCGGCAAAUGUUGCAAGCAAAUAACGAGAUGUUUCGCUGCAAUGGACUGCAAGGCUGGUGUAUCUUAACGAUAGCAUCCGAAUAAGGAUAUUAUGAUUAAUGCAAUGAAUUGAAAGAGGC